UGCUUCAUUCAACUCAUUCUUGAAUUCUUUCUCUCCACGGUGUCAAGAACCUGGAAACUGGCUGGGGCUGGGGUCUCACCAGUAUCCAGAGACCUCCUGAGCCUUCUGGCAACAGGACUAGACGAGGUCAUUUCAGAUCAUGAUGACUGCUUGGAAGAUCAGAUAGGGCACUGUGUUAGUGAGCAACUUUUAGAUGGGCUGUCAGCGAAGGCCUCUCCAAGACAGGGUGUUGGAACUGAGUCCUGAAUGAUGAGCAGCCUCUGGUCACGAGAAUAAUCCACCCCUUUCUUAUUUUGUUUUGAGAUGGAGUCUUGCUCUGUCGCCCAAGCUGGAGUACAGUGGCGUGAUCUCGAUUCACCGCAACCUCCGCCUCCCAGGUUCAAGCGAUUCUCCUGACUCAGCCUCCCCAGUAGCUGGGAUUACAGGUGCCUGCCUCCAUGCCCGGCUAAUUUUUGUAUUUUUAGUAGAGACAGCGUUUCACCAUGUUGGCCAGGCUGGUCUUGAACUUCUGACCUCGUGAUCCCCCUGCCUCGGCCUCCCAAAGUGCUGGGAUUAUAGAUGUGAGCCACUGCGCCCCACAUAAUCCACCCCUUUCUUAGAGGAGCUUCCCUAAAACCAUAACCUAUCAGCUCUCCAAUAUCUGUUGCAGCACUUACCUGGUGUUACGGACUGAAACGCUCCCCACUCCUCACAUCCCCACCCCGGAGUCCCUAUGUUGAAGCUCUAACCCUAAUAUGACUAUUUGAAUGGGUCUUUUAGGCAGUCAUUAGGGUUAAAUGAAGUCAUAGCGUCCCUAAUAUGACUUUUUUUUUUUUUGAUACAGGGUCUCUCUCUCGCCUAGGAUGGAGUGCAAUGGCAUGAUCUCAGCUCACUGCAACCUCCGCCUCACAGGUUCAAGCGAUUCUCCUGCCUCAGCCUCCCGAGUAGCUGAGAUUACAGGUGCACGCUGCCAUGCCCGGCUAAUUUUUUGUAUUUUAGUUAGAGACGGGGUUUCAUUGUGUUGUCCAGGCUGGUCUCCAACUCCUGAGCUCAGGCAAUCCAUCUGCCUCGGCUUCCGAAAGUGCUAGAAUUACAGGCGUGAGCCACCGCGCCUGGCCUAAUACGACUACUUGAAUACGGCAUUUUAGGUAGUCAUUGGGGUUAAAUGAAGUCAUAGGGUGGGGCCCUAAUCUGGUAAAACUGUUGUUCUUGUAAGAAAAAGGAAGACACACCAGAGAUUCCUGCUCACAGAGAAAAGGUCAUAGGAGGACAGCUGUUUGCAAGCCAGGGAGAGAGGCCUCAUCAGAAACCAGCCCUGCCGGCACCCAGACCUUAGACUUGCAGCCUCGAAAACUGUGAGAAAAUAAAUUCCUGUUGUCUAAGCUGCCUGGUCUGGGGUAUUUUGUCAUGGCAGCCUGAGCUAAUACUCUGGUUUGUAAAUCUACGUCACCGAGACCCCUGGAAGAGCUACUGUAGCUAGCGUCCCCACUUCCCCUGUUGUCUCUCCUACAGCCCAAUCUCUGCACAGUAGCAGGAGAGAACUUUCUAAAAUAUGAGACCUUGGAACUCCCAAUUCAGACUCAAUGAAUGACCCCUAUCCACACAAAACUCCAAAUUCCACAUGGCGGCCCCUCUGUCACAGAUCUUUCUCCCCUCUAGCACACAUCCGCUAUGCAGGCCUUUCCUGUUAUCCAGACACCGAGCUCCAGCUUCAGGGGUUUUGCACUCAUUUUCCCUCUGCCUGCGGCACACUUCCCCCAUGGUCGCAUGGCUGUCACCUCCUCAGAGGCUUUCCCAAAACCUCCUGUCACAUCCUCCUGCUUGAAUUUCUUUGAUCUUCACCGACCAAAAUGGUCUUCUUUGGGCGCCUGUCGGCCCUGAUCUCCGCCCUCCAUCCCAUGGGGCAGGGACCCUGCCUCGCCCACUGCUGAGCUGAGCAUUUUACAAGAAGCCGUGCCCGCAGCGGGGCACCUGGCCGUAAAAUGCAGAUGGACGAGGCGGCAUUUGGGCUGGGCCCUGGACAGGGAUCCAGGCCUUCCAAGAGCCGGCAGAUGGAACUGGAGGGAGGCUGUCUGGAUCCCCGGCUGCCCUGGGGCUCCGCGCACCCGUUCCUCAUGUGUAGGAAUGAAGACAAUCACGGUUGUUCUGAGGAUGCAGAGUUACUCUUCGCAGAGCAGGGCGCCCCGGUUGAGGGCUCGUCAAGCUAAGCAGGCUCCAGGAUGGGCUUCCCGAUGCCGACUCUAGCUCUUCUCCCCGCUGGACGCUGUUCUACCUCCUAGCGCAUCUGCUCAGGCCGCGGCCAGGGCGAGGCCCCAGAAAACCCAGGUGCUGGUUAAUCCGUCUUGAGUCCGAGCGCGUCCAGUGCGCAACGUGGCCUUCCCAUUGGCUCACCCAGUGGGCCGCGCGUCGACUCCGGGGCUCCGGAUUGAACGGCGCGCCCAGGUCCCUGCCCCCAGUCAGACGUGGCGCCACCGCCCCCAGCCCGUAGCUCCGGCGCAGCCAAUGGCGGCAUCUCCCGGGCGGCAAGCGCGGCCUCCCGCCGCUAGAGGGCGCCGCCGCGGGCGCGACCGAGCCGCCGCCGCCGCUACCGCUAACCGAGGGAGAGCUGCGAGCGAGCACCCAGGCCCCGCCGCCCGGCUGUCGCCGCCCGCCUGCCGCCGCCCGCCUCCGCCUGCCUUCCGCCGCCGGCCGGCGCGUCGUCCCCACAGGGAUGAAAAGGAGUUGCCCGUGUUCGGUAUUGAACCACGAAGGACCUUGCCAUGCCCAGUACGGUGGCCACUGACCCCCGGCCGUUUGGGACGAUGGAGCCCACGAAAUGGGACCAGUUUGAGUUGCGGUCCCAGCCGUGAAACGUACAUCUGAUUUUAAAGACUUAGGAUGAGAAAGAACGUAAAAGAUGUCAUUGAUUGCUCAUUUAGAAAGUGGAUGUGUGGGAUAACAUGUCCAGUGUGUCCGAGGAGAGAAGAAAAAGGCAGCAGAACAUUAAGGAAGGACUGCAGUUUAUACAGUCACCGCUGUCAUAUCCAGGAACACAGGAGCAAUAUGCGGUAUAUUUGCGUGCUCUCGUGAGAAAUCUUUUUAAUGAAGGAAAUGACGUUUAUCGGGAACGUGAUUGGAACAACUCAAUAAGCCAGUACACGGAAGCUUUGAAUAUAGCUGAUUAUGCAAAAUCUGAAGAAAUUUUAAUCCCCAAAGAAAUAAUUGAAAAACUAUAUAUAAAUCGUAUUGCCUGCUAUUCUAAUAUGGGUUUCCAUGAUAAAGUUUUGGAGGACUGCAAUAUAGUCCUCAGUUUAAAUGCCAGUAACUGCAAAGCUCUGUAUCGGAAAUCUAAGGCUUUAAGUGAUUUAGGAAGAUACAAAAAGGCUUAUGAUGCUGUAGCAAAGUGCUCCUUAGCAGUGCCUCAGGAUGAGCAUGUAAUAAAACUAACUCAAGAACUAGCUCAGAAAUUGGGAUUUAAAAUAAGAAAAGCGUAUGUCAGAGCUGAGCUCUCAUUAAAAUCAGUUCCUGGAGAUGGGGCUACCAAGGCUUUGAACCAUUCUGUGGAAGAUAUUGAGCCAGAUUUAUUAACUCCAAGGCAAGAAGCAGUUCCUGUCGUCUCUUUACCCGCACCCAGUUUUUCUCAUGAAGUUGGAAGUGAGCUGGCCUCAGUUCCUGUUAUGCCCUUAACUUCUAUUUUGCCACUACAAGUGGAAGAGAGCGCUCUGCCAUCUGCAGUGCUGGCAAAUGGAGGAAAGAUGCCCUUCAGUAUGCCAGAAGCUUUUCUAGAUGAUGGAGAUAUGGUCCUUGGAGAUGAACUAGAUGACCUCCUUGAUUCUGCACCGGAAACUAAUGAAACUGUUAUGCCGUCAGCUUUAGUCAGAGGACCCCUUCAGACAGCCAGUGUGUCUCCUAGCAUGCCCUUUUCGGCAUCUCUGUUAGGAACCUUACCCAUUGGUGCGAGGUAUGCUCCUCCACCCUCCUUCUCAGAAUUUUAUCCACCUUUGACUUCAUCCUUAGAAGAUUUUUGUUCUUCUUUAAAUUCAUUUUCAAUGAGUGAAUCCAAACGAGAUCUGUCCACCUCAACUUCUAGAGAGGGAACACCGCUUAACAACAGUAAUUCUUCCCUUUUACUUAUGAAUGGACCAGGUAGUUUGUUUGCUUCAGAGAAUUUCCUGGGAAUUUCAAGUCAGCCUAGAAAUGACUUUGGAAACUUUUUUGGAAGUGCAGUUACCAAACCAUCUUCAUCAGUGACUCCAAGACAUCCCCUCGAAGGAACCCAUGAAUUGAGACAAGCUUGCCAGAUCUGUUUUGUAAAAUCAGGCCCUAAGUUAAUGGAUUUCACUUACCAUGCUAAUAUAGAUCAUAAGUGUAAGAAAGAUAUUUUAAUCGGUAGGAUAAAGAAUGUUGAAGAUAAAUCAUGGAAAAAAAUACGUCCAAGACCAACAAAAACAAAUUAUGAAGGACCAUAUUAUAUAUGUAAAGAUGUUGCUGCUGAGGAGGAAUGUAGAUAUUCAGGCCACUGCACGUUUGCUUAUUGCCAAGAGGAGAUAGAUGUGUGGACACUGGAGCGGAAAGGAGCAUUCAGCCGUGAGGCUUUCUUUGGUGGCAAUGGAAAGAUUAACCUUACUGUGUUCAAACUUCUCCAGGAGCAUCUUGGAGAAUUUAUAUUCCUUUGUGAGAAAUGUUUUGAUCAUAAGCCUAGAAUGAUAAGUAAAAGAAAUAAAGAUAAUUCUACUGCUUGUUCUCACCCGGUUACAAAGCAUGAGUUUGAAGACAAUAAGUGCCUUGUCCACAUUUUGCGAGAGACAACAGUAAAAUACUCCAAAAUACGUUCUUUUCAUGGCCAGUGUCAGCUUGAUUUAUGUCGACAUGAAGUUCGGUAUGGCUGUUUAAGGGAAGAUGAGUGCUUUUAUGCCCAUAGUCUUGUGGAACUGAAAGUCUGGAUAAUGCAAAAUGAAACAGGUAUCUCACAUGAUGCUAUUGCUCAAGAAUCUAAACGAUAUUGGCAGAAUUUGGAAGCAAAUGUACCUGGAGCACAGGUACUUGGUAAUCAAAUAAUGCCUGGAUUUCUUAAUAUGAAGAUAAAGUUUGUGUGUGCCCAGUGUCUGAGAAACGGUCAAGUCAUUGAACCAGACAAAAACAGAAAAUAUUGUAGUGCAAAAGCAAGGCAUUCGUGGACCAAAGACCGGCGUGCGAUGAGAGUGAUGUCUAUUGAACGUAAGAAGUGGAUGAACAUCCGUCCUCUCCCCACAAAGAAACAAAUGCCUUUACAGUUUGAUCUGUGCAACCAUAUUGCUUCUGGGAAAAAAUGUCAAUAUGUUGGAAACUGUUCCUUUGCUCAUAGUCCUGAGGAAAGAGAAGUUUGGACUUACAUGAAGGAGAAUGGGAUACAAGAUAUGGAGCAGUUUUACGAACUAUGGCUCAAGAGUCAAAAAAAUGAAAAAAGUGAAGACGUAGCCAGUCAGUCAAACAAGGAAAAUGGAAAACAAAUUCACAUGCCAACAGAUUAUGCUGAAGUUACAGUGGACUUUCACUGCUGGAUGUGUGGGAAAAACUGCAACAGUGAGAAGCAGUGGCAGGGCCACAUCUCCUCCGAGAAGCACAAAGAGAAGGUUUUCCACACCGAGGACGACCAGUACUGCUGGCAGCACCGCUUCCCAACAGGCUAUUUCAGUAUUUGUGAUAGGUAUAUGAAUGGCACCUGCCCAGAAGGAAACAGCUGUAAAUUUGCACAUGGAAAUGCCGAACUUCAUGAAUGGGAAGAAAGAAGAGAUGCCCUAAAGAUGAAGCUCAACAAAGCACGAAAAGAUCACUUAAUUGGCCCAAAUGAUAAUGACUUUGGAAAAUAUAGUUUUUUGUUUAAAGAUUUAAACUAAUAUGCUGGCUUUUAUGUAUGAUACCUAAUCAGAGCAUUGACCAUAAAAAUUGAAAGUCUUCUAAGGCACAUAGCAGAGGAGCUGCAGAUUUUCUGCUUGUAUUGGCGUAUAUCGUUCCUCCUGAGCAGCAACCCACAGUAGGUAGGAAAAUGGGCUGUUUCACAGGCCUGGCCACGCUCUCACGGAACCAUUGGCAUCAGAUGGUGAAGUGACUGCUACCCGGUUGCCAUCUGUUGAACAGACUUUUGGAUGAAGUGUGUUGGGGAAGAGGAUAAGGUUAUAUUUAGGACAACUUUUUGAGUUGGUCCUUCAUAUAAGAAUCAUGACGGUAAGAGAAUAAACACUUGUACUGGGAUCAGAAUACAUGAUGGAUGAAAUUCUUUACAUGUUUUAGCAGAAUGAAUUUGUUUAAUAUAAUAAAGUUUGCUACUUAUCUGUAUGUAGGUUGCUAAAAAGGAUUUUCUUAACUCAGAUUUUAAGCCAAAUAACCAUUUAACACUAGUAUUUGUUAAAUGGGGUAUUUUUCUGUAUUUGUAUGUUUCACUAUAAUAAGGGAAUUAAGGAUAAUGUGCAUUGAGAAUAUUUUGAAAAAUAAUUAAUUGACUCAAAUUUUAUUUCUUGGUCUUUUGCUGUUUAAAUGAUGAUUUUGAAAGAUUAAACCUGUACUGUUGGUAUUGUGUUAGUGUAUGGACCAAUACUGCCUGUAAUAAAGAUUUUAUAUAUA